CCCGCGGCCCCGGACCGCUGCUUCCUUCCCGGGCUGGGGAGGGAGGCGGGAUUGAUCUUCGAUCGCGAAGAUGGCUGCUUGCUGCCUGCUGGCCUUGACUCUGACACUUUUCCAAUCUUGGCUGAUCCGCCCCUCGUCGGAGGAGCCAUUCCCUUCGGCCAUCACGAUCAAGUCAUGGGUGGAUAAGAUGCAAGAAGACCUUGUCACACUGGCAAAAACAGCAAGUGGAGUCAAUCAGCUGGUUGAUAUUUAUGAGAAAUACCAAGAUUUGUAUACUGUGGAACCAAAUAAUGCACGCCAGCUGGUGGAAAUUGCAGCCAGGGAUAUUGAAAAACUUCUAAGCAACAGAUCUAAAGCCCUGGUGCGCCUGGCUUUGGAAGCAGAGAAAGUUCAAGCAGCCCACCAGUGGAGGGAGGAUUUUGCAAGUAAUGAAGUUGUCUACUACAAUGCAAAGGACGAUCUGGAUCCUGAAAAAAAUGACAGCGAGCCAGGCAGCCAGAGGAUAAAACCUGUUUUCAUAGAUGAUGCUAAUUUUGGACGACAAAUAUCCUAUCAGCAUGCAGCAGUCCAUAUUCCCACCGACAUCUACGAGGGCUCAACAAUUGUGUUAAAUGAACUGAACUGGACAAGUGCCUUAGAUGAAGUUUUCAAAAAAAAUCGAGAUGAAGAUCCUUCAUUGUUGUGGCAGGUGUUUGGCAGUGCCACUGGCCUGGCCAGAUAUUAUCCAGCUUCUCCAUGGGUUGAUAACAGCCGAACUCCAAACAAGAUUGACCUUUAUGAUGUACGCAGAAGACCAUGGUACAUCCAAGGAGCUGCAUCCCCCAAAGACAUGCUUAUUCUGGUUGAUGUGAGUGGAAGUGUUAGUGGGUUGACACUUAAAUUGAUCCGGACGUCUGUCUCCGAAAUGUUGGAAACCCUCUCAGAUGAUGAUUUUGUGAAUGUAGCUUCAUUUAACAGCAAUGCCCAGGAUGUAAGCUGUUUUCAGCACCUUGUACAAGCAAAUGUAAGAAACAAGAAAGUACUAAAAGACGCCGUGAAUAAUAUCACAGCAAAAGGGAUUACAGAUUAUAAGAAGGGCUUUAGCUUUGCUUUUGAACAGCUGCUUAAUUAUAAUGUUUCCAGAGCUAACUGCAAUAAGAUUAUCAUGCUGUUCACGGAUGGAGGGGAGGAGAGAGCCCAGGAGAUAUUUGCCAAAUACAACAAAGACAGAAAAGUACGUGUAUUCACAUUUUCUGUUGGUCAACAUAAUUAUGACAGAGGACCUAUUCAGUGGAUGGCCUGUGAAAAUAAAGGUUAUUAUUAUGAAAUUCCUUCCAUUGGAGCAAUAAGAAUCAAUACUCAGGAAUAUUUGGAUGUUCUGGGAAGACCAAUGGUUUUAGCAGGAGACAAAGCUAAGCAAGUCCAAUGGACAAAUGUGUACCUGGAUGCACUGGAACUGGGACUUGUCAUUACUGGAACUCUUCCGGUCUUCAAUAUAACUGGCCAAGUUGAAAAUAAGACAAAUUUAAAGAACCAGCUGAUUCUUGGUGUGAUGGGAGUUGAUGUGUCUUUGGAAGAUAUUAAAAGACUAACACCACGCUUUACACUGUGCCCUAAUGGCUAUUAUUUUGCAAUUGAUCCUAAUGGUUAUGUUUUAUUACAUCCAAAUCUUCAGCCAAAGAACCCCAAAUCUCAGGAGCCAGUAACUUUGGAUUUCCUUGAUGCAGAAUUAGAGAAUGAUAUUAAAGUGGAGAUUCGCAAUAAAAUGAUAGAUGGAGAAAGUGGAGAAAAAUCCUUCAGAACUCUGGUUAAAUCUCAAGAUGAGAGAUAUAUUGACAAAGGAAACAGGACAUAUACAUGGACCCCUGUCAAUGGAACAGAUUACAGUUUGGCCUUGGUAUUACCAACCUACAGUUUUUACUAUAUAAAAGCCAAAAUAGAAGAGACAAUAACUCAGGCCAGAUAUUCAGAGACACUGAAGCCGGAUAAUUUUGAAGAAUCUGGCUAUACAUUCUUAGCACCAAGAGAUUACUGCAAUGACCUUAAAAUAUCAGAUAAUAACACUGAAUUUCUUUUAAAUUUCAAUGAGUUUAUUGAUAGAAAAACUCCAAACAAUCCAUCCUGUAACACAGAUUUGAUAAAUCGGGUCUUGCUGGAUGCAGGUUUUACAAGUGAACUGGUGCAAAAUUACUGGAGUAAGCAGAAAAACAUCAAGGGAGUGAAAGCUCGGUUUGUUGUGACUGAUGGUGGGAUUACCAGGGUUUAUCCCAAAGAGGCUGGAGAAAAUUGGCAAGAAAAUCCAGAAACCUAUGAGGACAGCUUCUAUAAAAGGAGUCUUGAUAAUGAUAACUAUGUUUUCACUGCUCCCUACUUUAACAAAAGUGGACCUGGUGCUUAUGAAUCAGGCAUUAUGGUAAGCAAAGCGGUAGAAAUAUAUAUCCAAGGAAAACUUCUUAAACCUGCAGUUGUUGGAAUUAAAAUUGAUGUAAAUUCAUGGAUAGAGAAUUUCACCAAAACAUCAAUCAGGGAUCCGUGUGCUGGUCCAGUUUGUGACUGCAAAAGAAACAGUGAUGUAAUGGAUUGUGUGAUUCUAGAUGAUGGUGGCUUUCUUUUAAUGGCAAAUCAUGAUGAUUAUACUAAUCAGAUUGGAAGAUUUUUUGGCGAGAUUGACCCAAGUUUGAUGAGACAUCUGGUUAAUAUAUCCGUCUAUGCUUUUAACAAAUCCUACGAUUAUCAGUCCGUGUGUGAGCCCGGUGCUGCCCCCAAACAAGGAGCAGGGCAUCGCUCGGCAUACGUGCCGUCAAUAGCAGACAUAUUACAUAUCGGCUGGUGGGCGACAGCUGCUGCCUGGUCUAUUCUACAGCAGUUUAUCUUGAGUUUGACUUUUCCCCGGCUUCUGGAGGCAGUUGAUGUGGAAGAUGAGGACUUUACAGCCUCUAUAUCGAAGCAGAGUUGCAUUACUGAACAAACGCAGUAUUUCUUUGAUAAUGAUAGUAAGUCAUUCAGUGGUGUAUUAGACUGCGGAAACUGUUCCAGGAUCUUUCAUGUAGAAAAACUUAUGAACACCAACUUGGUAUUCAUAAUGGUUGAGAGCAAAGGGACUUGUCCCUGUGACACACGGCUGCUCAUACAAGCGGAGCAGACUUCUGAUGGUCCUGAUCCUUGUGACAUGGUUAAGCAACCCAGAUCGAAAGGGCCUGACGUCUGCUUUGAUAACAAUGACUUGGAGGAUUAUACAGACUGCGGUGGUGCCUCUGGAUUAAAUGCCUCCCUGUGGUCCAUCAUUGGAAUCCAGUUUGUACUUCUUUGGCUUUUAUCUGGCAUCAGACACUGCCAGUUAUGACCUUCCAAAACCAAAUCUGCAUAAUUAAACUCCAGACCCUGCCUAAACAUGAGUCCUCAACUGCAUUAACCUAGGGUCAACCUCGGAUCAGCAGAACAUUAGCUGGGCCCAUAACAUGGCCUAAGUCUAAGGCGCAGACUCAUAACGCACCCACUGGCUGCAUGUCAGGGUGCCAGAUCCUGAAACUUGUCUGAAUGUUGCAUCAUCCAUGUAUAACAUCAAAGCAAAAUUCUGUGCGUGCUUUCCUGGAAAAUUUGAAAGUUUGUUGUUGCAUUGUUGGUGAUUACUUGUAAAAGGGCUCCCCACACAACUGUUUAUGACUCAUACAAAUUGUCUUGAUUUUGACCUGGAAUUUGACUUGCUGCAACCCUUGUUCUUUUACCAAGAACACCUCUAGGGGGGAAAAAAAGUCUUGGUUUUUUUGGCCUUUACUUAUUCUUCUGUUGACCAUUAUUUCCUGCUUUGAGUAGUUAUUAUUGAAAUAUGUAUAUAUAGAGAGAAUUAACAUUGAUGUAAUCUGUUGAAAUAGAAAUAAUGGCUAAUUUUCUAUAAAAAAAAUUUGCCAUGAAUAAAAUGCCUUAUGAAGAAUGGCUUCUCUGCCAAAAAUAUAACACAGAUGAUGACUAAUUAAGUUUUGGUGGGGUAAUAAAUUGGUUGUUUGAAAAUAAUAACUAAGAAAUUAUUAUACUAAAGGUGCUUGAGGGUAAAAUUUGAAUAUGCGACGUAUUUCCUCAUAAAUGUAAGCCCUUACUAAUUGCUUCCGUGUACUGGUCCUUUGUUCACAGUAGAGUUAUGUAGUGCUAGCCAGAUAUUUCAAAAUGCUCUAAGAGAAGCUUGUUGGGGGGAGGGGAAGAUGUUUUUUCUUGUGAUAAAUGAACUUUGGUUACCAAGGGUAUUUUGCAUGAUGCUGCUGCUAUUUUAACUUUCAGUUUGUUUUUCUCUUAACUGUAUAGUCCAUUGAACAGUUAACCGAGUGACAUUAUUGUUAUGUAAGAAUCUGAACCUUGCAGUGUAAUGCACCUAAGUCAUCUUUAAAAAACGUUGUUAAACUACUCUGAAUAUACUGUGCAAUGUAAAUGCUGAAUGACUGGGUUAGAUAAAUGGUGAAAUGGGAAUUAACGGAUUUUAUACAGAUUCGUGCUUUUGCCUGAAAGCCUAUGUACAGAUAUUUUAAGUACAUAAAUCAGAUUUGACACAUUUAUUUUUUGAAAGUACAUAUAUGUUCUCAAUGAAGAUUCAUCCUAGGUUUCCUCUUUGUUCGUUUGAAUAGUGGCACCUACAAUCCAAAAAUUUCUGCUGCUCUUGCUGCUGCUUUGUCCCUCCAUUUUCAAUGGUCUGAUCACUGGACCAAAAUUUCCGUGCAGAUUGAUGAGGGUUUUACAAAAAUCUGAACAAAUAGGAAACCUUGAAUCUAUAUGUUAUGCACAUGAAUACUUGAUGACGAAUAAUCAAAAUUGUUUUAUACAGCCUCAUUGGUGAAAAUCGUUAGCAUAGUAAAUCAAAUAUUUCAUUAUAGAUGAAUAUGGAAGCCGAAUAUUACUUAUACUUUAAAAUUUAUUUUCAAGAGUAAACAGUAUUUGAAGAAAGGGUGAAAACUGAAUGUGUAACUCUAGUUGUAGUGAGUAAUUCUGCUGAAGGUUGGGAGUAUACAGAUAUUUUUUAUGGUAAAAUGCAUUUGUUCUUUUUUGAACAUGCCAAAUAUUGGUGUGUGUAAUGCUGGGAAUUUUCUUAUAUAUCCUUUUAAAGUCAGAAUCUUAUUAAGAUUAUCCAGCAUGCUUUAAUAUGCUCCACAUAGCAAAGAUAUAACAAAUUCUUUAGCAUAGCUUAAAGGGUAUAUUUGUUUUGUCUUUAGCUUUGCAUACAUUUGUAAUCCCCUCCUACCGCCAAUAUACCCUAGGUACUAUUUGUGUACAUUUCCUUAUUUAAAAUAUUUUUUUAUUUAAAAAUGGGGGGAUUGGGAAAUGGAUUCACUUUGCCAACUAUUGUUCUAAGAGUUAACAUCAGUUACCAUUUCUAAUGCAUUGUGAUUUUGUAGUCUCAUUUGUAACUGGUAUUGACAUUUUAGAAAACACCAAAGUGAUAUAAAAACAAAAAGUGGAAUUUCUCACUCUAGAAAUGUUUAAAUCAUGUUGUUUGUUAAUUAAAUAUUUAAAACUUAUUGUUAACUUUUGCUAGACUAUUUUAAAUCAAGAAAGUGUUGGGAAGGGAUAUCAAAAUAUAAAUUGUUAGUUUGUGUAUAUAAGCAACACAUUAAACAAUGGAAUUACUUCCAGCAUACAACAGACUACCUUAAAAUUAUCUUUAAAAUCUAUUAAAUAUAUUUUCAUGACUAAUGUCACUGAAAUAGUAUGUAUUCAUUGACUACAUUAUUGUAUUAAUGACAGUUAAAUGUGGCAUCUCUUGGCAGGAUCCUAUUUGAUUUCAUUUGCCAUCAAAAUAUAUUUAAUGCAUGAGUCUUGCUAUGAUCCUUUAUUUUCUGCUAUACAAUAUACUAAUAUAUUAUGACAGCCACAUACAUGAUUAUAAAUUGGGUAAGAAUGUGCUCUGACUAAAAAUUGUUCUGAGUCCUAAUACUUGUCUUCAUGCCUUUUGCAUACUUACUUUUCUGUAAGACAGUAACACUCAUCCCAUCAAAUUUUUAUCUUUAAUUUCAGAUUUUUCUCUGAGUUCUAAUUGUUGUCAAAAGCUUAAAUUUAAACCUAUUAUAUAUAUUGAGUUUCAAAGACUGAACAGUACAAGAAAUCAAGAAAAAAAGCUUUUAAACUCUUCAUUUGUGCAAUACUCCUACAGCUUUAAUGUAGUUUGUCAUUAAAACGAAUUCAAAUAACUCUUGCAUUGGUGUUGAGUAACAGGAAUACAUUUUGCAUUAAUGGUUUUCUUCAUUUGAACAACCAGCAUUACUGCCAAACACCAAUCGUGGUCCAUAUUUGUAACAGGUUUUUAAUAUGACAUAGUUAGCAAGUUUGAUUGAAGAGAUUUUGAGGUCCUGGACCUGUAAGAUUUUAGUAUGAUCUUUUUUCAUGUUUCUAAUGCGUGAAGCAUUAUUGCUUAACUUGGAAAACAAAAAUAUAAAAAUGGAACAGUGUUGCUGCCAUUUGUAAGUUUUCUUGUAAUAUUCCUUUUAUUAACUUUAAAACGGGCCUUACUGGAUUCAAAUAGGCAGUAUCCCUUUUAAGUGACCUUUCUGACCCAAGUGUUACUUGCUUAUUUGAUGCUCUCUUGUAUUUUCCAUCUCAUUUAAAUCUUUCUCUCCACCAAAGCUGAAAUUCUAUGUCUUAAUUUAAAACUCUAAACUAUUCCAUUGAUCAUGUUAGUUGACAUUAAAAUGUCCAGAGAUACAGAGUUUGAUUCAGUGAAACAAAUAUAGUGACUUUGUUUUUAAAAAAGGUGUAGAAUAGAAUGAUGAUUUCACUUCCCCCAAUUUCAAAUACUGUAUUGUUAUCGGAAUGUUGUUUUCCUCAAAGCAGAAUGUUAAUAUUGCUAAUAAUCCAUUGAUGCAUUGAUGUAAAGAGCAAAUCAAUAUAACUCAUGUAUCAAGUGUUGGAAAAAAUCCAGAAUUUCAAAAACUUAGACAACCCUUACCAAUAGUUUCAUGUACUUUGUUUAUAUAGCUCACAUAAUUCACUCAGAGAAAUUCCUCUGAGACUAAUGGGAUACUGUCUUGUAUAGAUGCCAAUUGAGUUUACAGUGUGACCUGACAAAGCUAUCGUUUUUGUUGUGUUGUAUGAUUGUUGGAUCAUGCUUUUUAGGAUGUUUUUAUUAAAAUGCUCAGUGUGCAUCCAUGCAAAAGGCCAAGUGGCUUUGUGAACAAACAAUCUUUUCUCCCAUUUAUUAUGUUCUCUUGACACUUUUGUGGAAAUUAAGUAGCCUGAUAAAAACAUUUUGUAAAAAUUUGUAUAAUACUGUUAUAAAAAUAUUUAUAAUCCCAGAAAAUGUUGUGUUAAAUCUUGUGCAAAAACAGUAUAUUCAGAAUAAAAGUUUAUCAUUUAAAGUCA